UGGAUAGUUUAGUGCUGACCAUGGCGGAGAUGUAACCGGAGCCACAGCGGGACCGGGACAGAGGGGAGCGAGCGGAGAGCAGGAGCGAUUCGGACCGGAACCGCCGACGGCAGAGGGGCGGGGCAAGAUGGCUGCUUCGGUGAAGGUGGCAGUCCGAGUGAGACCCUUCAACUCCCGGGAGAUCAGCCGAGACGCCAAGUGUGUCAUACAGAUGCAGGGCAGGACCACGUGCAUCGUCAACCCAAAACAACCCAAAGAUCCCGCCAAGAACUUCACCUUCGACUACUCCUACUGGUCACACACCUCGGAGGACGAUGAGGACUUCGUUUCUCAGGAGAAGGUGUACGUGGAUAUCGGCGAGCAGAUGUUGCUGCACGCAUUUGAAGGUUACAACAUCUGUAUUUUUGCUUACGGACAAACCGGAGCAGGAAAAUCCUACACCAUGAUGGGCAACUCGGAACCCGGGCAACAUGGCAUCAUACCGCGGAUGUGUGAAGAUUUAUUCAAACACAUCACAGAGAACAAAGAUCCGGACCUGUCCUACUCUGUGGAGGUAUCGUACAUGGAGAUCUACUGUGAGCGUGUGUGUGAUCUGUUGAGUCCGGUGUGUGUGGUGGGGCUGCGUGUGCGUGAACAUCCCAUCCUGGGUCCAUACGUGGAAGAUCUGACCAAACACACCGUCUCACACUACAGAGACAUCAAAGAGCUGAUGGAGAGCGGGAACAGAGCCCGUACGGUAGCUGCUACGAACAUGAAUGAUGCGAGCAGUCGCUCUCACGCUGUAUUUACAAUCACUUUCACUCAACGCCGCCAGGACUCCUUCACCAACCUCACCACCGAUAAGGUGAGUAAGAUCAGUCUGGUGGAUCUGGCGGGCAGUGAGAGGGCCGCAUCAUCAGGAGCGACGGGCGUGAGGUUAAAGGAAGGAGCAAACAUUAAUAAAUCUCUCACCACUCUGGGGAAAGUAAUAUCUGCUCUCGCUGACAUGCAGAGCAGUAAGAAGAAGAAGUUGGAUUAUAUUCCGUACAGGGACUCGGUGUUGACGUGGUUACUGAAGGAGAAUCUGGGCGGUAACUCUCGUACUGCUAUGAUCGCUGCUCUCAGUCCUGCAGAUAUCAACUAUGAGGAAACACUCAGUACACUACGUUAUGCUGAUCGUGCUAAGCAGAUCCGUUGUAACGCCGUCAUUAAUGAAGAUCCGAACGCUCGUCUGAUCCGAGAACUGAAGGAGGAAGUGAACCGACUCAGAGACCUGCUGCUCUCACAGGGACUGAGCGCGCUCGUUACAGGUUCUGAAGUAAACAACAAUGGCGCCUGCCCCGCCCUGCCCACCGUCCCCGCCUCUAACGGAGCGCCACCUAUCACUGCUCUGGUUUCAAGUCAUGGCUCCUCCCAGGAUGUUGACCACACCUCUCCAUGUGGCCCUAACCAAUCAGGAGAGUUUCAGGAAGAGAUCACGUCCACAGAGGAGGCGGUGGAGCGGCUCAGGGAAACAGAGAAGAUUAUUGCUGAGCUGAAUGAAACCUGGGAGGAGAAACUGAGGAAGACUGAGUCCAUGAGACUGGAGAGAGAGACUCUGCUGGCGGAGAUGGGAAUGUCCAUUAAAGAGGACGGAGGUACCGUGGGUGUGUUCUCACCUAAAGGAACUCCUCACCUGGUGAACCUGAAUGAAGACCCUUUGAUGUCCGAGUGUCUCCUGUACUAUAUUAAGGAGGGCACCACCAGGGUGGGGAAGCAGGAUGGUGAUAUCAAGCUGAGUGGACCGUUCAUUCUGGAACAACACUGUGUGUUCAACAACCACACCGAUCACCAUGGAGACGUCGUCGUGACGCUGAAGCCGUUAGAGGGGGCGGAGACUUACGUUAACGGCAAACUGAUCACCGAGGCCACCGUACUCAAACAAGGUGACCGGCUGGUGAUGGGGAAGAACCACAUAUUUCGCUUUAAUCACCCCGAGCAGGCGAAGAGAGAGCGGGAGAGAGAGCGCAACACUCACACUGAACAGCAGGGGGAGACGGAGAGGACAGAAGAACGAGGGGUCGACGCCCGAGACGAGGAGGAGAAGAGGCUGAGUGACGUGGAGCUUCAGUACCGUAGGGAGAAGGAGGAAGCUGAUCUGCUGCUGGAACAACAGCGCCUGUACGCAGAUUCAGACAGCGGUGAUGAUUCUGAUAAACGUUCAUGUGAGGAGAGCUGGAGACUCAUCUCAUCUCUCCGCCAGAAACUACCAGCCAGCAAGGUACAGACUAUAGUGAAGCGCUGUGGAUUACCCAGCAGUGGGAAGCGGCGGGAACCCCAGCGCGUGUACCAGAUCCCUCAGCGGCGGCGGGCGGGGCCAGGCGAGGGGGCCGGAGGGGGCGAGCGCCCGUCCGUCUCGGACCUGCAGCUCCAGGCGGUGAAGGAGAUGUGCUACGAGGUGGCGCUGGGUGAGUUCCGGCACACGCGGCGGGAGAUCAACGCCAUCGCCGUCGUCAAGAUGAACGACCUGCUGCGCCUGCACGGGAGGGGCGGGGCCGAGGGGGGCGGGGCCUGGCGACAGGUGGCACAGGAGGUCUGGGAUACGGUGGGAGGAGUCAACGAGGAAGGGGAGAGGGCAUCUGGAGGAGGGGGCGGUGACGAAGGGGGCGGAGCCAGAGACGGUGAAGGUGUGUGUGAGCUGAAGACUCACCUGGAGAAGCUGAGCAGCAUCCUGGAGGAGGUGAAGGAGCAGAACAACACGAAGGACGAGGAGAUCCGAGCACUGAGGGAGCGCAUGGUCGUCAUGGAGAAGAUCUUACCUGUACAGCAGGAAGAAAAAGUUUCAGUAACUGAAGAAAUCAGAGAGAACAAGCAUGAGGGGCGUGGCCUUGUUCCAGAGGGGCGUGGUGAUGACGAUGAGGGGCGUGUCUCAUUAGAGCCGGCCUCCAAAGACAAGCGGGUUACGUGGCUGAUGGAUGAAGACCCCGCCUUCCGCAGGGGGCGGCUCCUCUGGCUCAAACAGGAACAGACACGCCUCCAAAACCUGCAGCAGCAACAAAUCACCAAGCAGCUGAGGCGAGGAGGGGGCGGGACCGGCAGCGGGGGCGGGACCGGGGAAGGGGGCGGGGUACAUCUGCCCGGAACGGGGCGGUUCAUCCCGCCGUACGAGUGUAAACUCAAGUUCCCCUUCAAGAGUAACCCACAACACCGGCACUCCUGGAGCCCCGCCCACCAAACAGCCCUGCACACUGAGGAGAAGGAGAAGGGGGAGGAGCCAAAACGCCCUCCCACCCCUAACCGCAUGGUUCCACCUUCGAAUCCCAGCGCGGCUCCUGGGGUGGCCGCGUUCCUCCUGCCGUCUCCGUUCCAGGUGCCGGUCGCUAUGGGAACCCAGCGUAUGCGUACACCCUCCCCACAACGCUCAGGGCAACCACGUUACCAUGGUAACGAUGGUGGUAACUACGGGAACAGCAACGGCCACGUCCCCGAGUGGCGCUACAGGCGUAAUUCUCUGGACAGUUCCGCAGGUCACCAAGGUGACGGUCACCGUGGCAACAACCAGCACGCCCACUCUCGACGGCGCUCGCCGAGUCCUGGGCCGAGAGGGAAGCCCAGGGACGGUUACUAUGACAACCAGUACCGACACAACCAAUAUCAGCAAAAUAACUACCAGCCGAACCAGUUCCAGCCGAACCAGUUCCAGCAGAACCAGUUCCAGCAGAACCAGUUCCAGCAGAACCAGUACCAGCACCCGCAGUUCGUCCCCUUUUUUCAGGUGUACCAGACUCCGCCCACCGUACACACACUGCCGCACACCACUCCCCCCGAACACGCGCUGUGGGGCUGGGGGCGGAGCCAAAGAUACACCGCACCCCCUCGCAUGAGACGCCAGCUCAGUGCGCCCGACCUGAACAGCAGCACCUGAACGCACGUGUGUUAUUAUGAUGUCAUAAUCAUGUCGUGAUGUCACAAGGUGGACAGUCAGUGACCAGCACCCUGACCCAGCAGAUCCACCAUGAUUUACACCUCACCCCUCACCUGAGGGAACCAGAGAACAUGUUCAGGAACCGCCCUGCGCUUACCUGUGACAUCAUCACAUGUGGGCGUGGCCUCACUCGCAUAUCAAAGUGCCUUUGAACUUUAGAGGAUUUUUUAAUUGUUCUGAUUAUUGAUCCUCUUUUUAUUGAUUUGGGAUUUUAGGUCAAAUGAAUCAUGAGUGAAUUAUUAUUAUUAUUAUUAUUAUUAUUAUUAUUACAUGAUUAUAAAGUCUGGAGCUUUUAUGGAAGGUGAAUAAAUCAUGUAAUAAAUCCUUCAUUCAUUUAUUUAGUUCAUUCAUCUAUCAGUUCUAUUUCUUUAUUCAUUCAUUCAGUCCGUGUAAUCCAGAACACUGUUGGUCUUAUUGUUUUGUUGCUCUGACAAUCACUCAGGUUGUUGUCAUGGUGAUGUGUGUGUGUGUGUGUGUGUGUGUGUGUAAGGGCCCGGCUGAUUAGCGCCCCCUGGUGCCUGCUGUGGUCGGUGCAGAUGUAUUACAGCAUCAAACAGCCUCAUUACCAGGUUUUAAGAGAAUGUUUAAGGACAGACUGGAACAGUGGUGCUGCACAGCUUCAGUACUCUGGGUUUGAACCAUGUGAUCCACCCAGCCACCACAGGGACUCAGAGCUGAUAUAUCGGUUGAGUUCUUAUUAAUUCUGACUGAUCUGAUGCUCUGAGGCCAAAGAUUAGAGUGUCGCCCCCUGGUGGCUGGGCUGACUGGCUGUAGGUGACUGGAUGUCAGAAAAGACUGAUGCAGUAAAGUGGGAGAAGAUGAUUAGAGAGGAAAAUGGAAGAUCUUAAAGACUGAAAUGCAGAAGUGAUCGUGUGUGAGGGGCUUAUUAGAUUUAUUAUUAGAUUUAUUAUUAGAUUUAUUAUUAGAUUCAUUAUUAGAUUUUCUCUGUUAGGUUGUACUUGUGGAAGCUGUUGUUUUAUCUGAUUGUUGAAGUGUCGUGUCUGAUAUAAACGGUGUGUAAUGAAUCAGACUCGGACUUUUCUGUAGAAUCACAUCAUAAUAAAGUUCAACUCUUCGUGUUUGAUUGUUUUGAUUGUUUUGUAAGAAGGAUGCGGGUUUGUGAAGCACAGCAAUAAAACUUUUUUAUCUGGAGAA